AUGGCCGGAGCCGGCAUCCACCCGUUCCACCAGCAGUGGGCGCCGGCGCCGGGGGCGCCCGCCCCGGCCGCGGCCGUCCCGCCGCCUCCCCCCGUGCCUGGCGCGCCCGACGCCGCCGCCCGCCCCGGCGGCCCGCCCGACGAGGUCCGCACCAUCUUCAUCACGGGGCUCCCCGCCGACGUCAAGGAGCGGGAGCUCCACAACCUGCUCCGCUGGCUCCCCGGCUUCGAGGCCUCCCAGAUCAACUUCAAGGGCGACCAGCCCAUGGGCUUCGCACUCUUCUCCUCCGCCCACCACGCCGUCGCCGCCAAGGCCGCGCUGCAGGAUCUCGUCUUCGAUGCGGAGACCAAGACGGCGCUGCACACCGAGAUGGCCAAGAAGAACCUCUUCGUCAAGAGAGGUGUGGGAAACGAUGCAAAUGCUAUGGACCAAAGUAAACGUUUGCGGACUGGUGGAGAUUAUACUCAUUCUCCUUAUGCUGCUCCCCCAUAUCAUCCACCCCCACCAGCUGUUUCCAUGUGGGGAACGCCAGGUUAUAUCGCGGCACCACCCCCGUACAAUCAUUAUGCAGCCUAUCCAGUGCCUCCGGUAGCAAUGACUUCACCUUCUCCUGUACCAGGUCCAACUGCCUAUGCUCCUGUUCAGAACACAAAAGAUAACCCUCCCUGCAACACCCUUUUCAUUGGUAAUCUUGGUGAAACUGUUAUUGAAGAGGAAUUGCGGAGCCUUUUCAGCGUGCAACCUGGUUACAAACAAAUGAAAGUGUUGCGGCAAGACAGGAACACUGUUUGUUUCAUUGAAUUCGAGGAUGUGAAUGCUGCUUCAGCUGUACACCAUAAUCUACAGGGUGCUGUUAUUCCUAGCUCUGGCCGUGGUGGAAUGCGAAUUCAAUUUUCGAAAAAUCCCUAUGGCCGAAGGAAGGAUUCCAUUGGUGGAAUUGGGGGCCCUCUGAAUGGAGCUCCCUCAAACUGAGACCACUUGAAGGGGACGUAACUUGAACUUUAGCAUGCCAUCAUGGAUUUCAUGCUAGUCCAUCCUACUAAAUUAUCAUCUGCAUAUUUCUGCUAAAUGCUUGUUUCUGUCAUGUGGCAUCACCAUCUCCAUUAGGUUGAAUUUCUGGGCAUCAUCUUCAUUAGAUGGAGUUUCUUGGACAUGAUCAUCAUCUUCAUUAGGUGGAGUUUCUGGGACAUGAUCAUCUGAUAAACUUUGCAUUGUCACCAUUAUCAUCGCUGGUGGUGUGGACUCCUUUACAUUGUCUAUGUAGUUUGAGAAGCACAUGUCGAGCAUCGUGUAGAUGUGCAUUUGCUCUGUUAUGGAUAUUGUUCUGUAGUACUGUUUAGUUUCUUGUGUGUAGUCGCUACAUUUCAUGUGUUCAUUUCAUUGUCACUUUGCAAACUGGACAUUCUGUAAUAGUAUUGCUGAGUUUUCUUACUAGAAGUUUGGUACUGUGGCAUAAUGGGAUGAUUCAUACAAUCAUGGCAUGGCAUGUUCAUCAGGGAAGGACACAGUUGAUAGACAUCAUGGCAUGGCAUACCCCAUUUAAGGAAACCUUGGAGCAUUGUUGUUCGCACCAGGAAGCAUAACCAUCCAUGAUCCAUCCAUCCAUUGAUAUUUAACAUAAAUUAUUUUUUAGUAUGUUUUAGGUCCAAGCAGAGAGUACUAACACUUGACAAUAAAAUAAAACCAGCUGCAAGCCUUUUUGUUUUCUGUAGCAGAUGGUGAAUGAUCUAAGAGUGGCUGCAACCAGCUGCAGGCCUUUUUUGUUUUUCUGUAGCAGAUGGUGAAUGAUCUAAAGAGUGGUUGGAAGUCGUUUGGUAAAGAGAAGAUCAUGGAUGCGGGCAUGAGGUAAGCUGCUCAGCAGAGGUGCUGUAAAGUAAAAAAAAAGGAAAAGAAAAAGGAAGAAAGAUAGUCUCAGGUUUUAGCAUUGCCGUGAGGCGAACUUGUAGCCAGAAGCCGCAUUGUAUGAGCGAGCUAGUUCGUUCAAAGCUACUAGUCACUUACUCCCCUAAAAAAAUUUGCUGAAA